UGUAUUAUCGACAGGCUACAGUUAUCGACAGUUUAUUAUAAUUGAUCUUAUAUUUUUAUUUAAAUGACGUCAUCAGUUAUUAAUGACAUCAUUUUUCCAACAACAUAUACAACAGCGUUCUUUUUGUUGUCAACAAAAAUCCGUGCGCCAUAUUUUUUGAAGCCAAUCGAAGUUUUUUGCAAGUACUCCGUUUGUUUGUUUACAGAAAUAGAAACUCUUACGUCACAAGGUAAGGACACCGGUAUCAUAAAUUUUGUUACUUGUGAAAUUUGCAAUGCUUUUCUUGCGGUUAGUGUACACUUAAUUUAACGGAAAGAUGUAUAUAUGAAGGUUGCAUACCACUAAAUAUAACACAAUAUAGUUACGAGUCCCAUACCGGGGGUGUCGAUAACUGUAUCCGAAAAUAAUUAAUGGGUACAGUUAUCGACACUUUUAUAAAUCAUGUUAAUUAAUUCCAUUAAUAUGUUUUUAAGUUGCUGCUAAAUGUAAAAAAGUGUCUAGCAAGUAAAUCUAAUUUCAAAAAUACCUUUUUCAGAUGUCAUCACAACACAACAAAAGAGUGAAAUAUUCCCCCUCCAAAAUGAGGGCUGCCAUUGAGAUGGUGCGUUGCAAUGGCAUGGCAAAAGCCAAAGCAGCAAAAUUGUUUGGUGUGCCCCGCACAACCCUUAUUGACAAAUUAGCAGGUCGUGUACCUGAAGAGGCCACUAGACCUGGACCACCUUCAGUGUUGAGUCCAGCAGAAGAAAAAACGUUGGUCAGAUACGCGGACUUAAUGGCACAAAUUGGAUACCCUUUAACAAGGAAAGAACUAGUAUAUGAGACCAAGAGAAACCUGGACAUUGAUGGCAGGAAGACAGUGUUCAAGGAUAACCUUCCUGGGAAAGGGUGGUUCAAGGCAUUUAGGCAAAGAAAUCCUGAACUAGUAGAGAGAACACCCGCUGCCUUAGGAAAUCAAAGAGCUGCCAUAUCACUUUCAAUGAUACAGGGUUGGUAUGAUGGGCUCUUUCGCUUCCUACAAGAAGAGGUUCCUAACUACCAAGCCAUGAUCAGUGACCCCAGGAGAGUGUUUAAUGCAGAUGAGUCUGGAUUUCCGAUCUGUGUGAAAUCAACCAAAGUCCUGGCUCCAGUUGGUUCUAAACAUGUUUAUCAAGUUUUACCGGGAGAUAAAACCCAGAUAACUGUAUUAGCGUGUUUAAAUGCCUUUGGAGACUAUAUGUCUCCCCUCAUUAUAUAUCCAGGUCAGAGGUUCCGUGAUACAGUUCUGUCUGGGUUUGAGGAGGCCAUCUUUGGUAUUACUAAAAAUGGCUGGAUGGAUUCCGAGUUAUUUAUUGCUUUUUUAGAGCAUUUUAAUACAUUUUUGACAGAAAAGAAAAUUAACCGCCCUGUAAUUUUGUUUGUCGAUGGGCACAGCACCCAUAUGUCUCUGCCUGCAGCAAACUUCUGUUCUGAGAACAAUAUAAUUCUCUAUUGCUUGUUGCAAAAUGCCACCCAUGUGCUGCAGGCAUGUGACAUUGGGUUAUUUAGUCCAAUGAAGUCUAAGUGGAAAGAAAUGGUAAAAAAAUGGCAAAUGGAGCACCUUGGUGAACCAUUUACCAAAUCACAUUUUCCAGAGGUUUUCAAGUCCACUUGGAACAGUGUGGCUAACCUUACAAAUAGUGUUAGUGCCUUCAAAAGGUCAGGUCUCUUUCCUUUGACCCCAGAUGGCAUUGAUCAGUCAAAGCUUGGGCCAUCUAAA